AUGUAUUCUUCCAAAUAUGCGCCCAAGCGGGAAGACGUUUCUCCUCUCCAAGCUGCUGUCGCUGCGCCUACGACGCAGACCGAUUCGGCCCAAACUCCGGACCCAGAGCCGGCUCAUCUCCAAGAGCCAGCUCCCCCGAUAGCUUCGUCUAUCGAGCCCGCGUAUACAAUGGACCCCUUGGUGGACGAGUUUGCCCAGACGCGGCCGCCCGAUGACCUCUUCGACGACGACUUCACACCUGUUGCCGAGUCGCAAUUGGUCUAUGACCCACCUCCACAAGCGCCUGCUGCCCAGCCUGAGCCGACAUUUCGAGAGCCGCGGUACAGUAACGCGUCGAAGGGGGAGCUGCCACGCGGCGUUCCCCGAGGACCUCGAGGGCGAGGGCGUGGCAGUGGUCGCGGUGCAAAUACCUCCGCCGCUGCUUCGGCACCUAAAUCGUCCUCCAAUACAGGAACCGCAAGCACAAACACGCAAGAUGGAGCUGCCGCGGCUGCCAACGGGUCUGACGAAGCGAAAACAGCAGUCGAUGCGGCUUCGACUUCCCCUCCCGCUUCGGCACCUACGGGGCCUGCAGCAGGCAAGCCCGUACCGUCCGUCCGCGGUGAUCGCAGCCUGACUGGGGGCCCUGCGAAGAAGAAGCUCACCGAAGAUGAACUGAACGCCAAGCUUGCGGCCAUGUCUCUCAAGAACAAGGCCCUCACGGAGGCGCACGAGAAGGCGCAAGCUGAUCAAGACGCGUUCGCUGAACGGGAAAAGAUUGCCGCCGAAAAGAGAAGAAUUGAGCGGUUGGAGCGGCAAGCCUUGAUGGGCGAGCGAGAGAAGAAUCGCCAGAGGAAGCUGCAGGUCAUGAGUGGACGGGAAUGGGACGCCGGGAAGAACGAGGACGAUUUCAAGGACGAGGGGAGACGUGCGCGGCGGGGCGCUCAUGGAGGAAUCGCGGGGACAAGGCACGCCGCGCCUGUCGGAGGAGAGGGUGACGGCGAUGUACCCAACGGAGGCGAUGGCGCCCAGCGCGACGGACACGAAGGGUCGAGAGGCCGCGGCCGAGGUCGCGGAGGACGGGGCCGCGGGCGCGGCGACCACCAUAACCACCACCACCACCAUUCCACGCCGCACAAGAAAGACGUCCAGCAGUCCGUGCCGACGUCUGCAGACUUUCCGGAACUGCCGUCGGCCGCUCCGCCGCCCAAGACGGACGGCGGCCUGCCACGGGACCUCGAGUUCCCGCUGAAGAAGAAGGCCGCGACUACAGAGACCCCCGCCAGGAUCGACACAACGCCGCACAAGAACGGCGCUGCAGCGACAGCGGAGGAGAAUACGACGAAGGCGGCGGCGGCCCAGGGCGAAUCGCGGCCGCAGCUGGAUAAGCAGACCAGCUUUGGCUUCUCGCCGGCCGCUGAGAAGCGCAGCUGGGCUGACCAGAUGGACGCGACGAGUCCUUGA